AUGGCGGACUCUAUUUUAGCAGGGAAAUACCCGGCCAAAGCUCAUGCGCGCCGAGUGGCAGAAUAUCUACAGGCUCGAGGAUAUGACAAUGCCGGAGUCAUAUACUUGGAAGCACAGAAAACUCGUCUCAUAGAGGAUAAUGAUGAGGCGAUGCCCUUUAGACAACGGCGCCCGUUCUUCUAUCUUUCAGGGUGCUUGCUGCCGGACUCAUACCUAACAUAUGACAUUGAGGCCGAUUCAUUGACUCUCUUCAUACCUCCAAUCGACCCUGAGGAGGUGAUUUGGUCUGGCCUUCCGAUGUCCCCUGACGAGGCUUUAGACCAGUACGACGUUGACCAGGUGUUGUUGACGACUGAAGUCAAUGCUACUCUUUGCUCUAUUGGUUCGGCACAUGACGGGAAGUCUGUUGCUUUUGCGAUCGCCGACCAAAUAUCGAAAGAAACCAAAUUUGAAGGCUUUUCCGAGACCAAUUUAUUUGUUUUGAAAGCAGGCAUCGAGAGCUCCCGCGUUGUCAAGGAUGAAUAUGAAAUUGCCCUUUUGAGAAAAGCGAACGACAUAUCCGCCAAAGCACACAUCGCAGCUAUUCAGGCAUCAAAGGCAGCAACAAAUGAGCGCGAGAUUGAGGCCGCUUUUAUUGCCACCUGUAUUGCUAAUGGAUGCCGGGAGCAGUCCUAUCACCCCAUCGUUGCAAGCGGUGAGAAAGGUGCCACUCUCCACUACGGAAACAAUGACCAGGAACUUGUCGAACCUGCUUCCAAGCAAAGAAAGAACAAUGUGCUUAUUGAUGCUGGUGGGGAGUAUCGAACAUACUGUGCUGACAUUACACGCGUCUUCCCCUUGAAUGGAAGAUUCGUAGCGGAAACCCGCCAGAUUUACGAGAUCGUUCUGCAAAUGCAAAACGAAUGUAUCGCAAUGCUCAAAGAUGGUGUCCAGUGGGAGGAUGUGCAUGAGAAGGCGCACCGCAUUGCAAUCCAGGGUUUGCUGAAAUUGGGCAUUCUUCGCGGCCCAGAGAAUGAAUUGUUCGAAAAGAGAGUCAGCGUAGCUUUCUUUCCUCACGGCCUCGGCCAUUAUCUUGGCAUGGACACUCAUGACACUGGCGGUAAUCCUAACUACGCAGAUAAGGAUACAAUGUUUAGGUACCUUCGAGUGAGAGGCCGCCUACCUACGGGCUCUGUCAUCACUGUUGAACCGGGCAUCUAUUUUUGCCGAUUCAUCAUUGAACCAUUCCUCAAUUCCGAAGAUUUGAAGAAAUACAUCGACAUCAAUGUCCUGGAGCGGUAUUGGAGUGUUGGUGGUGUGCGAAUCGAGGACAACAUUCAUAUCACCAAAGAGGGAUAUGAAAACUUGACUACGGCACCAAAAACCAUCGAAGAAGUUGAGAACCUGGCCUCAUAA